CAACAUAAUGUGUGACAGCUGGAACAUUAUCACUUUUCCAACGAGCGUUCAUUGUGGGAUUCCCCUUUGCGUCUCGUCCAAGGAAGAGAGAGAAAAAACUGCAAGGAAAAGAUUUAAAGGAAAUGAGAGAGAUGAGACACAAAGCCGCCGACUCUCUGAAGAAACCUUCAAAGUCUGGCGAGGAGAGAAGGAGUAAUUUUUUAUUAACGGCGUCGUCUUUUAUAUUGAAUUAGGGUUUGCGAUUUUUCUUUUUUUCUUCUUCUCUCGCUUCCUCAGAGUCCCCUCUCUCCCAAAAAAAAAAAAAUCAAAAUAAUAAAAAUAAAAGAAGAACCCUCUCUUAUGCAAAAAGAAUCACUACAAAAUUUAUCUCAUCGGCAGGUGCUGUUAUUUGAUGCAAUAGGAGGCAGGGCUACUUAAUGCUGUGGAUGAAAUAAGGAAGUUGCUUUCUUUUAUGUGAAUUAACUUUGUAAAGAAAAAAGAAGAGCAUGCACAAGAUGAAAAUGUGCUAUAUGAACAGGAUGGAAACUAACUGCAGUUCUAGGAUUUGCAUGUCAAGUUUUAGGAGGCAUUUUCUUUGAGACUGGUAGAAGGCUAGACUUUGUUUUCACUUUUGCACUAGAAGCUUUGGUUUUAAACUUGUUGAUAGGGAUUGAUCUAGGUAGAAAUGGAAGCACCGAACGCCACGGUAUUGGAUAGUAAGCCUGGGGUUCUCCACAUCAAGCAAACCAAGAGAAAGUGGACAGCACAGCAUGCAACGUAUUUUCCUGGAUCUUCUCAUGUUAUAUCAACACAAUUGCCCGGCUUGAGUUUAUUAUCCCAGAAACAUGGCAAGCGGAGGAGAUUGGAGGAUCAUAAAGGCAAAGUUGUGAGUUGUGGUUAUUCUUCAAAAAGAUCUUUGUUGCUUUGCUAUUCAAAUUUUAGGAAAACAGGAAUUCCAAAGCGCAUAAUGAUCUUUGAGAAAGGUGAAUGGACUGAUUUUCCCCAUGAUCUCAUCGCCUUAAUUAGGAAAGAUCUUGAUGCGAAGAAGCCAGCUAUUGAGCUUGAGAAAGAUGGUCAAUCUUUUGUUCUAGAUUUCUUGCACAUGUUUCGACUGGACUGUAAAACUGGCUUGAAACAACCAAUUGCUUGGAUUGACGAGGCAGGUGGCUGUUUCUUCCCUGAAGCUUUUGCUGUUGAGGAUGAACCAUAUCAGUGUUGCGAACAUGAAUAUGAGAAUGAUCAAGAAUGCAUGUUUAAUGGAUUAUAUGCCAUCCCUGAGAUCAAGCUACAGGUUGAGAUUGACAUUAAUGGUGUUGAUCAAUCGAAGUUAAAGGAAUGUAGUGGAAAAUCAAGUUCUUUUGUUAGACAUUUUCAAAUUGUUCAAAAACCUGCCUCCAGUCAUUGUGCUGUAGAAGUUGCGGACAAUUGCAAGUGGAGUGCUGACUCAAAACCCAGCAAAGCUGUUGAGCAUAGUCAACAGAAAAGGAUUAACUUAGUCCCUGAAAAUGAGUUUGUGGAUGUAGAGAUGGAUGAACAGUUGGAUUCUUCAACUGUUGAGAAGAUGUUUCUUAUGGGUAUGAACCCUUGUGGAGGUAUGGAUAUUCUUGAUAUAAAACCUUGCUCCAGUGCUUCAACGCAAUAUAGAUUAGAGCGUUUCCAGGAGCAGGUUCAAAUUAUGGAGAAGUAUCGUGGGAAUGCAAAUGUUCAGUAUGCUUGGCUUGCUUCUUCUAAAGCUUUCCUCCCUGCCAUCAUAAGGCAUGGGCUUGGGCAUUGUGGUGUUUCCACAAUUCCAUACAUGUAUGGUGCUGGUGUUCAUCUUGCUACUGCAAAAUUUAGUAAUGCCAGUGCAAACUAUUGUGAUGUUGACGAAAAUGGGGUACGUUACAUGAUAUUAUGUCGUGUAAUAUUGGGAAAGACGGAGCUUCUUUGCCCUGGAAGUGGACGCUGUCUUCCUAGCAGUGAGGAUGUUGAUAGCGGUGUGGAUGAUUUUGAGCAUCCAAAGUACUAUAUUAUUUGGAACAUGAAUAUCAACACUCACAUUUAUCCAGAAUUUGUUGUUACAUUCAAGCUCUCCUCCAAUGUUAAAGGGCAUUUGAUAGGAAGUGAGACUAAUCAUGCUGUUUCAGGCAUCACAUAUUUGAAGCAACUACAGGAUCGUUUACCAUUAAUGUCAUCUGCUGGUGAAUUGGGGAGUAUUAAUCACCAAACUGCAGAUUCAGGGGGAUCCCAAGAAAAUGAUCCUACCCUGGGUUCAAACACUUCAAAGACCCCUAAAUCCCCUUGGAUGCCUUUCCCUAUGUUGUUUGCUGCUAUCUCAAAAAAAAUUCCUCAGAAAGAUAUCGACCAAGUCACUGAUCAUUAUGAACUAUUCAGGACAAAGAAGAUGAGUCGUGAUGAUUUUGUCAAAAAAUUGAGAUUGAUAGUUGGAGAUAAUUUGUUGAGGUCAACAAUAAUAUCUCUCCAAUGCAAGAUCCCAUCUAGGCAUGAAUUGGAGGUUGCAAAGCAGAACAUGGAGGGUCCUGACAGCCUUUGAGUUACCAUUUGACAUUUUGGUGUGGUAUGGGCUGCUGCAUGGUGACCCAAAGAAGUUUGACCUUCAGUUUGGUCUUUAUCCGGUGAUUGUCACUUCCUGCUUUUUUACUGAAAUGCGUCGACAUGAUGUGGAUGUGUUUGAAGGUACCGUAGGCUUAGAUCUGUAUUUUUUUUUUUUAAUAUGGUUUAAUUGCUAGAUAUAUCUCUUUAGUAGUAAGGAUUUGGCUAUGCCAAAACUGAAGACCUGUUUUCACCUGAACUGGCUUCCUAUCCCCCUAUCAUAGUUAUUUUUCUAAAUGUGGACAAGCUGCAUCGUUAUCUUAUGAUUAAAUAAUUGUUGCCUGGCACUUGUACUA